CAGCUCUCCCCGGGGAAGCGGGCUGUGACGGGGAGGGGGGGUCCCCGUCCCCGUCCCCGUCCCCUGCGGGACAGCCCAGGGCUCGUCCCCGGGACGGGGGUCCCACGUUGAGCUCUCUCCCGGGUUCGGGCCGUUCGCCUUUCCCCCGGUGAGGGGCUCCGGCCGGAGCUGAGCUCUCCCGUCCUCUCUCGUUGCAGGUCUUCGGCUCUCUCGGCGCGGAGUGCCGGCCUGGCGGCCGGGUGCCGUGACAUCCGUUCACACUCGGCUGCUCCAUCAGACACCAGCGGUUGACCGCGCCGACAGUUACGCUUAAUAAUUGGAGACUGAUACUACUAUGCCGUUUGUCUUCAGCUCUGUCCAAGUCCAGCAAAAGAGCUCAGCUGUUGUCCAGAAAAAAUCCUAUGUGCCCACUAGCAGGGGUGAAUAUAUUGUCACCAAACUCGAUGACCUGAUCAACUGGGCGCGAAGGAGCUCCUUGUGGCCGAUGACGUUUGGCUUGGCGUGCUGCGCUGUGGAGAUGAUGCACAUGGCGGCUCCCCGCUAUGACAUGGACCGCUUUGGGGUGGUGUUUCGAGCUAGUCCCCGGCAAGCUGAUGUCAUGAUUGUGGCCGGCACCCUGACGAACAAAAUGGCUCCAGCUCUUCGAAAGGUCUACGACCAGAUGCCGGAGCCUCGCUACGUGGUCUCCAUGGGGAGCUGUGCCAACGGCGGGGGUUACUACCACUACUCCUACUCCGUGGUGAGGGGCUGUGACCGCAUUGUGCCAGUGGACAUCUACGUGCCAGGUUGUCCACCUACUGCUGAAGCUUUGCUGUACGGAAUCCUGCAGCUUCAGAAGAAAAUCAAACGGGAGAAGAAGAUUCAGAUCUGGUACAGGAAAUAGCCUCCUAUUUAUGACCUACCCACUACUGCCCACCUGGGGCACCUGCUUGCAUUUGUACGCACAAUAAAUCUGUAUUCUCACAAGCCUUCCAAUAAACCUCUACCUGGUU